UGUAAUUGGUUGGUUAAAUGUUGCAGGCAGUGAGUGAGUGAGUGAGUGUAGAUGAUGUUGGCGUCAAGACACUUACUGCGCCGUGUCAGCCCGUGGCUGGGCCUGAGGCUUAACUUACUGCCAGCGUCCAGGAUUGUCUCCAGUAAGCUGUUGCAUGCUUCCAGCACGUACAAGCGAGAAGUGUCUAUGGGUGGUGAUAAUGGGCAUGUAAGUAUGGAGGAGACCCAAGCAAACAUCCAAGACCCUGUCGCCACUGUGUCCAGUGUUCUUCUUCUCCCAUCCACGGCUAUGAUGCAGGUUGAGUGGAGAAGCGGCGGGACGGACAUGUUUCCCUACGUGUGGCUGCGAGACAACUGCCAGUGUCCAGCGUGUUUCCACCCUGUGUCGCGGUCACGCUCACUCACUCUGGCCCACCUAAGCCUCUCCGUCACUCCCUCCACUACCCAGGUGAGCGAGGAUGGAGGAGGAGUGGAGGUAGAGUGGUCAGACGGCCACCUGAGCGCCUACCCUGCCACCUGGCUUCGCCUCAGGGCCUUCAACACACACCAACAACAACUACGUGCUAGCACAAUCAGGCUGAAAGAGGCGCUGUGGGGCUGUGAGUUAUCAGAGAACCUGCCUGAAGCAUCCUUCCCAGAGCUGCUGGAGGACGACCGAGCUCUUCUCAGGUUCCUCCAACAGCUUGAAGUUGUGGGCUUGGUCUUCGUCACUGACACACCCACACAACAGAGACAACUACACAGACUCGCUCACAGGGUUACCAACAUCAAGAAGACAAAUUAUGGAGAGACGUUUUUGGUUCACAACAAGCCUGACCCGAACAACCUAGCCUACACCUCAGUCAACCUUGACAUGCACUGUGACUUGCCUUAUAUGGCCUACAAACCUGGCGUCCAACUGCUUCACUGCAUUAGUCAGUUUCCUGGUCCCGGUGGGAGCAAUAUGUUUGCGGAUUCAUUCCACGGGGGCAAGAUACUCCGCUCCCUCCACCCUCUGAAGUUCAACAUACUCGCCAGUACUCCUGUGGAUUUCAUUGAUGUUGGAGUGGAGGACGAUCAGGAGUACCACUUUAUCAACCAAGAACCAUUAAUCAGCCAGCAGACCCAGUUAAUGUGUUUUGAAUAG